UUCUUGGUGGUUGUGUGCAUGCGGUGGGAUUGUGAGUGCGUGUGUGAGCCGUCGGCAAUGCUGACUUCUUCCGAGUGUGGUCUUCCAGGCGAAGGGUUGUGUGUCCGAGUGUGAUGGUGUCCGCGCUCUUUUGGUUGUUGAUUUGGAUUCUUCGAGCCCUUGUGCGUUUUCAUCGUUGUAUACGAUUAUGUUCGUUUUUCCUUCUCGACGUGGGUCUGGCUCUGUGUGUUGGGUUGUGUGGCCUUUGCGAUUGUAUUUGAGUAGUUUCGUUGUUUGUGUCGGGCGUGUGUAAUCCUGGCUACGUUAGAUGUGUGUCCAUGAGCGAUUGCGUUGGACUGAUUUCGUUGAAUCGUGUUGGACAGUGUGCGGGCCUGACCAUGUCGGCUUGUGGGGCAGUGUUGGGUUGUAUUUACUUUGCUUCCCUUCUAUGGGGCUGGACCGUGUGUGGUCCUGUCCAUACUGGGUUGUGUGCCUGUGUGCUUGUGUCCUUUAGAAGUGCAUUUGCAAAUCGCUGGGGGGUGGAGGGGAGAGCGAGCAGGAGAUGGAGCCGCAAGUUGAGGAGGCGGCAAGGGGGCGGGGAGAGGGAUUUCACAUUUUAUUCCAAAUUAUGAUGUAUUCGGAAGCCAGUGUUGGCUUGGAUGGGCAGACGGAGCCCGAUCGGCGGCUGCUCUGUCCAGAGGCCAGUCUGUGCCUCGGUGUUUGAGGGGUUUGUUAGUGAGUGGGAGGUUCUUCCAGGCUCGAAGCUGAGCAGCGCUCGCCAAGGCCCGCACCUUCAAGCCGGUAGCCGCCGGCUCGGGUUUCGCCGCGCCCAGGCUUCAUCCUUUUCUGGUUAGUUUCGCGGGUACCUCCGCGGGGUCUGCGGGAGAGGCCUGGAAAAGACAAUGGGCGCAUUCUCCAGGUUUCGCGCCUGGGGUGGGGAACCUCGGGAUAAUCUCCAAAGAACACUUUUCUAUCCCUUCCCCGGGUGAGCGACAUUGCGGCGUGGGUCAGGUAUCCGCAUCGGUGACCAGGGCCAGUCUUUGUGGAGGGAUGGGGUCAGUGCUGCCCUCUCUGCGAAAAAAUGGAUUUUAUUUUGCCAGUUAUUGUGGUUACUAAAGUCAUCGUCGUCAUCAUCACCAUCAUCAUCAUUCUAUUUAAUUAAAGUAAUCGUCCAGUAGCAAAGCGGCUUGUCCUUUUUAGCUUCUUUGGAGCGAUAACAAAGCAGCGCGGUUCCCCCCCACCAGCUUUAUUUUUUUUUAAGUUGCUGGGUUUGAGGUAGGGAGAGAAAAUGGAGAGAGGAACGGGCACAGAGACCCUGUCAUAAAGCAAAAAUUAACCCGGACCUACGACAUGGGAAUGAGUGGAUUUUCCCUUCUUCCCACCCCUCCCCCAUCUAGAUUAGAAGAGGAGAAAGAAAAUCUCCCGCAUUGGACUGAAACCGCAGGGAAGAAUUAUUCCUAUAUUUCCACCAAAGCUGGGGCAAAAAGGAGUCCUUUGGAAUUAAUCCAGGAUUUCGAUGUGUAAUCAUAAACUGGACAAUUUAGGCAAAACAAAUUAAACAAAACCCUUAGGAAAAGAAAAAAAAGCAACCCAAAUCUCCCUACGCUACACACUGGGAAGCAGUAUUCGAGUUUACCCUCCCUGCCUUGGCCUUUGCAGUUUAUUGCUGCAAGGAAUUAUUAGAAUUCUCCCCUACUCUGCUAGUCUGAACACUGAAAAAUUGAAAAUUAUCGUGUGGGGAUGGUUGAAAGGAAGGCGGGGGCUUUCUUUCUUUCUUUCUUAUCAGUGGAAGAAAAGAGGGGACCUAGAUAGAUCUGCCCCCCCAUCCUCUUGGAUCUGUGCUGUUCUGACUCCAUUCCUGUGGGAAAGUAGCCUUUAGAAUUGAGUUCUGGUUUCGCUUUCGGCUAAAGGUGGGCACGGAGAGAAUGGGGGCCUUGGAGGUUCUGCCCCACAGAUCAGGGUCUGAAAACCGGAUCCCCCCUUUCCAACACACAUUUCUCCACCCAGCUGCGCUAGGCAUUGUGGCCGCUGCUCCGGCCUGACUGGGGUUCCCAAGCCAAUCGCAUAGACAUGUCAGUGCUUAGAAAACAAACUCGGCCACCCUGAACCAGACAUCCCGGUCGGAGGGCCCGAAAUUGUUCCAGAGACUGCCCAGGACCACACCGUGGCCUAACUGCUGGUCUCUCAGCGAGAGAGGGGGAAAGCAAAGACCCCCGUCUGCAACUUGGACCUUGGCUCCCGCCCCUCUCCGGCGGAGUGGAGAUCCUAUUCAGAGGGGCCGGUUUCUCUAAAUAUGCCCCAGGAUGACGGAGCGGCCGCCGAGCGAGGCGGCCCGCAGUGACCCCCCGCUAGAGGGACGGGACGCGGCCGAGGCCCGCAUGGCCCCCCCGCACCUGGUCCUGCUGAACGGCGUCGCCAAGGAGACGAGCCGCGCGGCCCCAGCGGAGCCCCCGGUCAUCGAGCUGGGCGCGCGCUGCGGCCCGGGGGGCGGCCCCGCCGGUGGGGGCGGCGCCGCGCGGGACUUAAAGGGCCGCGACGCGGCGGCGGCCGAAGCGCGCCAUCGGGUGCCCACCACCGAGCUGUGCAGACCUCCGGGGCCCGCGCCCGCCUCGGCCCCCGCGGAGCUGCCCGGCGACGGCCGCAUGGUGCAGCUGAGCCCGCCCGCGCUGGCGGCCCCCGCCGCCCCCGGCCGCGCGCUGCUCUACAGCCUCGGCCAGCCGCUGGCCUCGCUCGGCAGUGGGUUCUUUGGGGAGCCAGAUGCCUUCCCUAUGUUCGCCACCAACAACCGAGUGAAGAGGAGACCCUCCCCUUAUGAGAUGGAGAUUACUGAUGGUCCCCACACCAAAGUAGUGCGCCGCAUCUUCACCAACAGCCGAGAACGAUGGCGGCAGCAGAAUGUGAAUGGGGCCUUCGCUGAGCUCCGCAAGCUGAUCCCCACGCAUCCCCCAGACAAGAAGCUCAGCAAGAAUGAGAUCCUCCGCUUGGCCAUGAAGUACAUCAACUUCCUGGCCAAGCUGCUCAAUGACCAGGAGGAGGAGGGUACCCAGCGGGCCAAGCCUGGCAAGGACCCUGUGGUGGGGGCUGGUGGAGGAGGCGGUGGGGGAGGGGGAAGUGCGCCUCCCGACGACCUCCUGCAGGACGUGCUGUCCCCCAACUCCAGCUGUGGCAGCUCGCUGGAUGGGGCCGCCAGCCCGGACAGCUACACAGAAGAGCCGGCCCCCAAGCACACGGCCCGCAGCCUCCAUCCCGCCAUGCUGCCAGCCGCUGAUGGAGCGGGUCCUCGGUGAUGGGGCUGGGGCCGCUCAGGACCAGCCAGGAGGGCAUCCUCAGGCCACCGGGACUGUGGGCUUCAGGGCAGGUGGGGUGAGGAUCGGGCAGCUCUGAAGCAGGGCGAUGGACUUGAUGAGAUUUCCUUGAUGUCUGAACUUUGCGGAGCCCUAACUGCCCCCGGGGGCGGCUUUCCUGUUUCCUGCCUCAGUGGGAGAACAGAAAAAUGGAGCAAAGUGGUAGGUACUUUUUAUGAAGACGGCACGGUCUUCCCCCCCUCCACCCAAUCCCUAAGACUUCUCCAGUAAGAAGCUCUACUGGCACUGCUUUUGGCCUGGAGCUUGGGGUCCCCGUCUUUGCUGAGACCUGGGGUUGUCAGCUCUCCCCGUGGGCAUCCAGCAGCCUCUGCCUUGCCUUUAGCCCCUCCCAAGCUGGCUGGUGUGGCUUGUGUGGCCACUCUGUCCAAAUACGUAGGUAGCCAGUAGCCGCCCAUUUCCGGGUGAGCCCCAUCUUCACCCUGGCCCAUGUCAGUCCGCCCAGCUUGCUAGCUGCUGCAGAGAGUCCCAGGCCUCAAGGUGCCUUCUACAGGGCCUGGUUGAAGAAGAUGGCCAGUGGGCAACCUGCUCUCGACUAGCUGGGCCAGAGGGCCAGAAAACCCAGUAGCCCUUACUGCUUGCCCCGGGGAGCAAAGGUCUGCUUUCUCCCCACUGAGACUUGCCUUCCUAAUCCUUGUGGGGACUGAGUCUGUGGCUGGGAGCCUGCCCGGUCAGGCCUCAUGUGAAGGCAGAGAGAAGGAAAAUGAUGAGAGUGAAAUUGAGCCAGCGCUCUUUGGGGCUGUGGGUUCAAAUCCUGACGGUGUCCAGAGCCACCUGCCUGUAUUCUCCGCUCCCCGUCACUGUUCACGAGGUGAGCCGAUGGCCGUGCGCCUCUGCUGAGCGUGGAUGUGCAGCCCCAUCUGUGUGUCCUCCCCGAUGCUCAGAGGGACCUUCCUUCUCCAAGGUGUCUGUUUGCUGACGGUCUGGUCGGAACCCAGCUGACCACAAACCCUGUCCUAUGAAUUUCUGGCCUUUGGGAUUUUUGCUUGACUUCAGUUAUUGGUGGGAUCUUUAGGUCUUGUUAUGACCCAGGCUCCAGCCGCACUUCGAGGGCAGGGGAAAACCAAUCAGAGACCAGGCACUGGCUGAGACCCGGACAAAUGCACAUUCACUUAGCAGAAUCUUCAACACCCCUCGACUACACAGCCUUCAGUCACCUAGGGUGUGUAUGGAAGGCUGGCUUACUGCAACAAGAGCGCUCCCCUCCAAUCGUUGUACAUGAAAUUUUUGUAAAUCAAACCCUUGUCCUUCAUCUUUUUAAAGAAAUACUACCGCAAGUCCUUUUGUAAAGUGAAGAAUUUUUUUGUAGAGUGGACCACUGCCCCUUGUUGAUCUCUUGUGUCAGUCCACAUGGUGGGACAUGGUUUUCUUCAGGCCAGGCCUGCCUGUGACAUGCGUUCCAAGCCCCUGGAACAAACUCCACAUGAGCCCUAUAUACAUGUCAUUGUACCCUCAAGUCACCGCAGCCUCCUCCCACCAGGCUCUGCCUUUGAGGUUAGAGGGAAAACAGUCCUGCCCAGUGAAGGGCCUUGAGCACGGCCCUGUGCACACAGGGCAUGAACCUGGCUCCCUCCCCUCCUUCCCAAGUUGUGGGUUCCAGUUUGUGAGUAGGGGAGCAACAUGGUAAUCCUUUAGCCCUCAGACUUGUAGAAUGACGGGGAUAAGUUACCUCUCUCAAUGUCAGUUUCUCACAAAUACCCUGGCUUGGCCUGUCUGCUAGGGCUGUGGCGUAGCCGAAGUGGAAUCAUGAAAGUAGAUGCAUUUUGAGACCAGAAAGAACACUUUUGCCCUCAGUAUCAUUCCUGCAGUGGGGUUUCCCAUCCUGAGUCCAGGGCCUCGGCAGUGGGCCAGUCUGCCUGACUGCACAGCAUUUGGGUAAUUUAGGUUCCAAACCACUUUUGCCGGAGUUAUCCUGAUUGUCCUCAUUUCUCCAGAUUGACUUCAUUUGUGUCUCCUUCCAAGGGGAGGCACAGGAGUGAGAAUGGAAGAAGAUAUGGGCAGAAUAUGUAAGACGUAAUACAGCUUCCCCCAGCGGGCCUGGGUAGGGAUGGGCAAAGCUUCAUGUCUUUGUAAGGCCGACAGAAGAUCCAAAAUUUUAAUUUUCAUUUGCACCCCCCCUCACCCCGCCCACCGUACCCUCUUCCUUCCUCUGCCUUAUCACCUAUGAAGAAAUGGCAGCGUUCCAAGAAUAAUACCUGUGCAAAGGGAAAAGAUGUAAAGGGGAAAAAAAGCAAGGAGAACAGAGAUGGUUGUAAGGACUGGAGGGAUUCGCAUCUUUUUGGGAAAAUUCGUAUGCUUUUAUUGGUGGUGGCAAACGACAAGAUGGUACAAUCUUUCUCCUUUUCCGAAAACAGAACAAAGGGCACAGCAUCUGUAGUCAGCCGACAACUAUCUUGGCCUUUGGGGGUGGUCUGGUCGUACUUGGGAUUUCGAUGGUACGUGGCCCCCCACCGCAGGCUCGCCCCUGCCCGUGUACAUAGCGCAUUGUUCCUGUGGGCGGGCCCAGCACUUUCCGUCAAUGUUGUACUGUACGUGGUGAGUUGCGUUGGUCUCUGCAUUUUUCUGCAGAAGAGGAGUAACCGUUCCAGGUACCUUGACCUUUGUACAGCCCGGAGGCCAACACUGUGGGCGUGACUCUUCAGCGACACAACCCUUGUGGUGAUGAUGUGUGUAUAUAUAUAAGGAUAUAUUGGGAAAAUUUCUAAAUAAAAGUUUUACAGAGGG